AUGGGCUGGCUCCGAGACCUCGGCGACGCUCACACGCGCCUAAAGAAGCGGAUCCAUGGCACGCGGAUCCCGCUCUCGCCCGCGGGCAUCCGCUUCAUGAAGGUCGUCUACUUCACGACGCCCAUUAUCGGCGGCUACUUUGUCAUGCAGUGGGCGCAGGCGCGGUCGGUUGCGAACCUCCGGGACCUGCACGCGCCGCCACCGACGCAGAACCCCACCUCGUACCAGAACGACAGCUUGAAGGGGCUCCUCAAGGAUAUCGAGACGACCAAGAAGUAG